ACUCCGACAAUGAACGCGUCUCUUACAGCUUAAUCCCGGAAAUGACUCUUUGAAAGGUAAGUACUCGGUAAGUAUUUGUAUUUCACUUUUUCCUGCCUCUUUGUUUUCACCCCGACUUCACAUUCGACAACCUUUUCGAAAUGGCUUCGAUCACAACUCCUUCCACGCCCAGAGCAUCUUCUUCCCCCGACAGUCAGUCGCCAGGGAGAUGGCGACAUCCCCGAUUGCGAGAGAUUGUGAGGCGACAGAAUGCGACCACAUUUGACAGUCGCCAUGUUAAGAAAAUAGCAAUGAAUUCCGGUGCUAUCAUGGCGACACUCUUUGCUGAGAAGCCGUUGAAUUCACUUCUCGCUGCGAUCGCCGGAAUCACUGCAAAAGCAGAUUAUCUUCUGGUCGUAUUUCGCUUCAUUUUUAUCCUCAAUAUUUUAACUGCAUUAUACCCGCUAGUUCGCCGAAGAGAUGAUCUUUCUGACAUUCCAUUGACACCAUCCCAACGGUCUCUGCUUGGCCUCAAUCCCAAUACUGGCGCUCCCGUGACGCCAGGUACGCAGUACAUCACCCCCCCAAGAUACAGAACUGUCUCUGGUUCGCGAGCUGGUGGCCCAUCCAGUCGAGGGUCCUCACCUCUAUCAACAAGUGCCAGUCCCGUUAGUCGCCAACCUUCUUACUCCCCCACGACGAACAGCCCCCUUUUUCAAAAGGCGCUGGUGUCUGGAAAUAGGGACGGCGUCCGGCGACAAAGCUUUGGCUCUUCUACGUUGAGUACUUCCUGGAGAGAAUCGUCAACUCUCGCACCUCUCCCUUCAACUCCGACGCCAGCUGGCAAGGGCAAUAGACUGGGAUUGAGCAACAAGUGGUUAUAUGAAAAGAGUCGCAGGCACUCUGCUGGAAAUAGCCUGAUCUGAGGCCAUAGUCAAUCACAUGCAUCUUCGGGAUAUAUGGAGUUUGGAGUUGGCUGAAGCGAAUUUGUCUAAUCGGCGUUCUUCUGUGUAAAUUCUUAUUUAAAUUUUCUGUCAAGAUGGCUAUCGAUCAAAAACGCUUAUAUA